UCAAAUUGAUAAAUCUUUUAUAUGCUUAAAUCGUAAAUGAUAAAUUGAACGUGAUGAGUCAAGGUCAAAUUUACUUACGUUUAAACGUUAACGUGAAAUUAUUUACAACGUUUCACCGUCGAAAGUAAUUUGGCGUCUUAAUUGUUGUAACAUUUAAACCCGGAUUUCAUUUUCUAGUUUUAUAAUUGAUGUUCGGAAAUCUAACAACAUUUAGAAAAAAAUAUUUUAAAUGAAACAACUAUAAAAUCUUGUGUACAGGACAAAUAAAGACAAACUUUUAAUGACAGAGAUCGGGACGAAGUUUCAAUCGAAUUAAAGAAAAAAAUAGAAAAAUAAAAAGAAGGAAUAAGGUAUUUGACGGAAAUUGUAAAAUGCAGACGCGCAUGUGUUCAGAUUCUAAUGAAAGAACUUUUUCUGGGGAUUUUUUAUGUACAAACAAUACAUCAGAGAACUUUAGUUUGAAAGACACUGCGACAAAGCCUAGUUAUAGACAAAUACCUUGUGGAUACUGUGGUGUAACGUGUAUAUAUGAUGCUAUUGAAAUAGGAUUUAUUAUUGGAAUCAUCGCCAAUGCUUUAGUUAUUGUAAGAGUUAUCAAGGACAAGAGAUUAAGAGAUCCGACAUUUAUCGGUAUAGCCGCUCUAGCUGUACCAGAUUUGUUAUUUCUUGUUUUAAAUCUUAUUAUCUCUUUUGAGACAGUGAUUUUAUCAUUUACAUGUCAGAAACCUGUCAUUAAAAGUCGACCAUGGUAUAUCAUGAAUUCAAUGAUUUGGUUCUCGGCGAAUUCUCAUGUAGCAUUGCUAGCUGUGUUACGGUAUUUAUCUAUUAUAUAUCCUAUAAAGUCAUCGAUAUAUCUGACACCAACUAAAGUGGUUAUUAUGUCAGCUUGUGUCUGGAGUCUCGGGAUAUGUUUACUGGGAAUUCUUGCUGGUCUUAUAACAUUAAAGAUAGUUCUUCCAGGAACGUCUAGUGAAUUUAUCAUCAUUUGGUGGAUCACAGUUUAUUUAAUACCAUUGACAGUUACAACUUUAUUACAUAUAUUAAAAAUGUGUCGGGUGAAAAUGUCGAUAAAAGAGUCUACAACCGCAUCAACUAGACGAUCAAUUCGCCGGAUGUCAAAGAUUGUGCCAUUAGUUAUCAUCAUGGCAACUGUUCUACCUUUGCCUAAACUUGUUUAUAACUCUAUUAGAACAUUCGGUAACGAUGGCAACCACAUAUUUCCUUCAAAAACUUUCAAAUUGCAUUUUGAAGGCAUUUCUCAUUUAGUUUACUUAAUAAAUCACUGCAUCAAUCCGUUUAUUUAUGGAUUUUUAUCAAAGAAAUUUAGAAAAAGUUUGAAAGAAAUGUUUUCAUGUUCGAGCUGUAAUUGCAAUAUCAACAAAAUUAAAACACAACUUGUGCCAAGAAAGUCUAGAAUUUCAAGCUGUGACACAGUUUCUCGUACAAAUAUAAGUAGCAUAAGUAGUGUUGAUAGCAUAGAAAAUCCUAAAAAGUGCCAACGUGUUUGUAGCUUUGACAGCGACGACAAUAAAAAAUACUAGAAAAUGUCAACGUAUUUGUAGCUUUGACAGCGACGACAAUAAAAAUACUAGAAAAUGUCUACGUAUUUGUAACUUUGACAGCGACGACAAAAAAUCAAAGAAAAUGUCAACGCGUUUGUAACUUUGACAGCGACGACAAUAAAAACACUAGAAAAUGUCAACGUAUUUGUAGCUUUGACAGCGACGACAAUAAAACAUACUAGAAAAUGUCAAUGUAUUUGUAGCUUUAACAGCGACGACAAUAAAAUGUCCCAGAAAAUGUCAACGUAUUUGUAGCUUUGACAGCGGUGACAAUAAAAAAUACUAGAAAAUGUCUACGUUUUUGUAACUUUGACAGCGACGUCAAAAAAUCAAAGAAAAUGUCAACGCGUUUGAAACUUUGACAGCGACCACAAGAAAUCAAAGAAAAUGUCUAGGUGUUUGUAUAUUUGUAACUUUGACAGCGACGACAAUAAAAAAUCUUAGAAAAUGUCUACGUGUUUGUGUAUUUGUAACUUUGACAGCGACGACA